AUGGCCACAGGAGGAGCACAAGAAGCAACAAUACAUCGUAUAUUACGUCUUACUGAUGUUGUGCAGGAGCCACUAGAAUUUCUUGCACCUAUUAGCGGUUUUGGGAAAAUGCCACUUGUUCCACUGGAAGAAGCAGUCAAACCACUUGUUCCUAUUCUACCAGAUGUUCAGAGUCACGCUUAUGUCGCAAAACAACGAUGUAAGAAACCUGCCGAUGAAUUGACACAAGAUGAAUCCGCCUCGAUUAUGCUUUACACGAUGGGAUGGGAACCACUCGACGAGUGUCUCUACGUGGUCUUGAAUAAAACAUUACGAUCAGUGGAUCGACAACAGCAACUCAAACCGUGGUAUCUUUAUAUGAGACUUUUUCUAAAUGCACUCUUUCGUCUUCCACUUCAUCCCACAGUUGCAUACAGAGGUGUUAAAUUAGAUCUGAGCCAGCAGUAUACUGAAGGAAAAACAAUUGUCUGGUGGGGUUUCUCAUCCUGCACAACUACCGUUGGUGUCUUGAAAUCGGAACUAUUUCUGGGAACGACAGAUGCCAGAACAAUAUUUAACUUACAAUGUCAAUCGGCUAAAGAUAUUCGUAAGUAUUCGUAUUACCCAGCUGAAGACGAAGUUCUUCUUAUGGCUGCAACUCAAUUCAAAGUAAUCAGUUGUCUCGAUCAGGGUAAUCUUCACAUUAUUCAACUGGAAGAAAUCUGUCCUCCGUUUCCACUCUUACAACCAAUAUCAAUUGUGGUUUCAUCACCUAUCAAUCCAGUUCUCUCAGGUCAGGGAAGAUCGCAACAUAUAAAUACUCCAAAUGAUAAAUAA